AUGCCAACAAAAACAGAGUUCGUGAAGUUCUUGGAUAAAGGUAGUUAUGGAUCAGUCGAUCUCGUCAAAUACAUAAAAAGCGACGGCUCAUCACCGCUUUACGCCGCGGUGAAAACCUCCGAGUUCGAAGACUACGACAUUCUCCAAAGGGAAAUUGAGAUUCUAUCACUAUUCAAAGGAUGUAGUAGAAUCGUACAAUGCUAUGGGAACUAUGAUUUGGAAGAGGAUUUCGACCGCGACGGAUUGAGAAUCUACAAGAUGGUUAUGGAGUAUGCACCUGCCGGGAGUUUAGACACUUUCAUGGACAAUUACAAAGAUAGAAAAUUGCCUGAAACGAUGAUUAUAGACUUCACUCGUAUGAUUUUACAAGGAUUGGUCUCUAUUCAUGAUAGCUACGGUUAUGUUCAUUGCGAUAUCAAACCCGGAAAUAUCCUAGUCUUCCCGUGUGGACAGUCUUACGAGUUGAAGCUUGCGGAUUUCGGGUCUUCGACAAUAGUCGGAGACAUUGCUACUACAUGGGAGGAACUCGAUGGUCCGUAUGCUGGAACGGCUGUUUACAUGUCGCCAGAAUCAGUCAAGAACGGUGUGGCCGAGAAAGCCCUAGAUUUGUGGUCGUUAGGGUGUGUAGUGUUGGAGAUGUUUACCGGUGAAACACCAUGGUCGGAAGUUGACGAUGACGAUCUUGACGAUGUUUUGUUGGGUGGCAAAACGAUUGAGAUUCCAGAGAGUGUGCCGUGUUACGCAAGGGAGUUUCUAAAAAAGUGUUUCUCAAGAAUCCCUGAAGAUAGAGGAAGUGCUUCGAAAUUACUAUUACAUCGGUUCUUGAGUGAAGAAGACAUAUAUGGUCUCCGUCAUCUCUUUUCCGCCGCGGUUGAAGUUGAAGACCGAACGAGAAGGUACGAAGAAAUCGAUAAAGCAAUCGCUGAAGUUGAAGAUUAUUUCCUUUCGUUACUUCGUUGA